GAUGUUAUCGACUUCUGCGUAAGCAAUUUUGUUUUAUUUUUUAGAAAGCAAACGUGUUUAAUUUUCUAACUCAUAUUUGCAAUGCUGCCCAAGACGCCCAAGCCAGCCAUUUGGAGAUUCAUCAAGGGAAGUGCCAAGACUCUGUUUGUUCUGGAGGCGGUUUGCUUUGCGGCCAGCUACGGUGUCUAUUAUCGCAUGAACACAAAUCGAGAGUUCCGUCAGCACAUUCACGAAAACUAUCCCUUUGUGCUGGACUAUUACUAUAAAAUUGGUGAAAUUGUGGGCGAUAGUACAGUGCGACAGGCGGAUGCGAGUUAUUGGAGCGCCCUGAAGAAGAGCGACUAGAAUUAGGAACA